CGUACUGACGCUAAAAAAUGGCGUCAGAUUCAAACGGCUCUGAUAUUAGUGUUAAAGUAAUUAUAAAUUUAUACGAUUUAUAAAUGGAGCUCGCUGUAGUUUCGGAUGCGUCUGCUGGCAGGGCAACAGCAGCGUCUGAGCAACCAGCAGCGCCUCCAGAGUUACCAACAGGAACUCAGACCGCUUCAGGAGAGAUGGUGACGGACAUUUAAAUGCGAUUCCAGGGUCAUUAACCUCAGACAUGCUGACGGGAGCGGCGCAGAGGAGGAGACAGACUGACCGGGGCGAGCGCGAGGACAGCGGGAAGAGCAGAGCAGAGCCGCGGGGGAUCGAAGAGAGAGCUGCGGGCAGCAGAGCUCGGAGCUCCGUGGAGGAGAAGGCAAGGUCACAUUUGAUGUUUGACCCUACGCAGCAGGUGAAGCAGGCAGCAGGAGAUGGAGGAAGAAGGGCAGAGAGGAAAGGAGAGGAGGAGGAUGAGUGGGAGGAGAGAGGAAGAGGGAAAGACCGAAGCAGAGGAGAUGGAAGGAGGAGUGGGAGAACGAGGAGGGCGGCGUCAGAAGGAUGUGACGGGGGCGAGGAGUGGAGGAGGCUCAGGUGGAGAGUCAACGAUUUGGAGAAAGAGAAACUGCAGCUGAAGGCGAGCCACAACCAGGAAGUGUGUGGGCUGCAGGCAGAGUUGACCCGGCUCCGCUCCUCGGUGGAGCGCGGCGAGGCUCAGAGGGUGGAGCUUCAGUACCAGCUGACACUGAGCCGCAGAGACGCCGAGCGAGUCGCCGAGCUCAGCAGAGACAAACGCUCACUCACAGAGCGAGCGACGGAGCUCCAGCAGACCGUUGAGGAGCUGCAGAAAGCUCUGGACAUCACGCGGCACGCCAGGGAGGAGGACCAGCAUGCUUUGCAGCAGGAGGUGGAGGAGCGAGAGCGACUGAUUCAGAGCUUCAGCUCUGAAAACCAGCGACUGCACCGACUGCUACAGGAUCAGGAGGUGGCUCUGGAGGAGUCAGAAAGGAGGAUGGCCGAGGUGCAGAAGGAGCAAGAGAAGGAGGCCGAGGUGAAAAGACGACGAGCCAACGAGCUAAAGCAGCUGAUGGACAGAGAGGAGAGGGGCCGAAGGGAGAAGGAGCUGCUGGAACAGAGGGUGAAGUCUCUGCAGCUAAACAUCGAGGCAGAGCGAGCCGCACACCUGGAGACAAAGUUCAACUCUGAGAUUGUCCAGCUGCGGGUGCGGGACCUGGAGGCGGUGGUGGCAGCAGAGCGGUCCGGCCAGCAGGAGGCGCAGAGCACCCUGGAGCUGCUGAGAGCUCAGUUCAGAGAGGUGGAGAACGCUUACAGCCAGGAGAGAGAGAGGAGCGGCAGCACUGAGCGCGCUCUGGAGCGGUUGCAGGCGGAGUACGAGCAGUCCAAGUGUGACAUGAGCAUGGCUUUGGAAACGGAGAAGAAGACGACCUCCGACCUCUCUGAAAAACUGGAGGAGGAGCAGAGACGGCACGCCGACACACACUCACUGCUGGAGCAGGCCGUUCAGAGGCAGUGUGAUACGGAGGAGGAGUUUGUGGCCUGUGUGAAACAGAUCAGGGACGCUCUGCAACAGCACACGAGCACAGGCGAACACUCGAUGCAACCUGCAGAGGAUGAUGGGAAACAGAGUCUUUCUGCCAAAGUCCUGCAGCUGCUGAGGACCACGCUCAGCUCAGACCAACAGAGGCUGUUAGACGCUGACAAGCAGGUCCAGGAUCUGCUGCUGGCAUCAGAGAAGCUGCAGGGGGAGAACCAGACUCUCCGAGAGCUGACCUCAGAUCAGAGGAGGCAGAUUGAUGAGUCUCAGCAGGAGAUGCUCAAACUGAAGGAGGCAGUCUCUCGCUUAAGCCAGGAGAGCUCUGAUUGGUCGAUACAAACCCAAAGCCUGGAGGCUGAGCUGCAGAGAGAAAGGGAGGAGAGGGUGAUAGAAAUGGAGAAGGAGAGGGAGGAGAGGACAGCAGAAGUCCAGAGGAUAACUGAACACUACCACAAAGAGUCGACGGCCCAUCUGUCCUUCCUCUACUGCCUCUACCAGCGCCUGCUCGCCGGCUGCGUCCUCCUCGAUCAGUCCCAGAGCAUUUUGGGUAAUUUUACCUGGGAAGAGCUGUGCGAUGUCAUGAGCGAACAGGUGGACCAGCUGACCUCUGACCUCCGGAAGGCCAACGAGAAGAUCACCCACCUGCAGAGUGCGUGCAACAAGAAGAGCGUGCGUGUGCGUGAGCUGCAGCGCAGUCAGGAGUGUGUGUUGUCCCGUCUGGAGGAGAGUGCAAGGAUGAGGGAGGAGGAGUGGAGCAGACAGCACACACACACAGUGAGGGGGCUGCAGAGUGAGCUGCAGCUCUGCCGCUCGCAGUGCAACUCUCUCCGCGAUCACGCCUCCUCUCUCGAGCAACGUUGUUCCUCGCUGACCUCUGACCUCUCCCAGCUCAGAGGCCUCCUCUCUCGAAGCCGCAAGGAGUCAUCCUCCUUCUUUUUAGCCUGCGCCCUGCUGGGUGGAGCGCUGAGGCACUCUCAAAACUGUGUGCGCACGCUCUCUGAGCAGAAGAAACUCCUGUCCAGGCAGCUGGCAGAGCGGGAGCAGCUGGAGGAGGAGGUGAGGAGGCUGGUGGACGCCCUGGAAGGAGAGAAAGAUGAAGAGAAGGAAAGAGAAAGGAUGAGGAGGGUGGUGAGGAGGUGGAGGAAGAGCGUGUGCGUUGUGCUGGCAGUGGGGAGGUGGUGGUCUCUGGCCAGAAAGACAACAGUUUUGUUUCGUCUGGAGAGAGGAGGCGGAGCUCCGGCUGUCUGCGUGUGUGGAGAGGAGGAUGCAGCAUCACAGGAAGGUCAGGACGCAUCAGACGUGUGUGAAGGUCGUGACGGCGUUGCUGCUCCUUUGUUUCGCUCUAAACGUCUCUCGUGCACCAUUCUGACCUCCAUGUCUGACCUGCAGGGGACACUAAUGCACAGUGGCUCCUCCCCUCCGAUAUUGAUCUCAGCAGCUAGCUCAGGCUUGUCCCGUCUCCUGGAUCACCUCCUCGACCAAUCACAGUCCAGCUUGUCCUCCUGCAGCGUGCACAAGGAGACGCUGAUCGGCCGCCUGAGGCUUGGCCUGAGUAGACUAACAACAUCACCACAGCCUGACAUGAAGAGUUUAGUGUCCAUCCUCCAGCAGCACUUCCUGGUCUUCAGCCAGCGACUGCACUCAGCAGAGGUGGAAAGGCGGGGCCUGCGUUUGGAGGUGGCCAAUCUGAAGAGAGGACUACGGAAGGAGACGAGGAUGGUGCCAGACAAGCGUUUCCACAGUGUGUGCGCGGAGCUCCGUCAGGCUCUGAGUAGAGAGCAGGAGGCUCAGGUGCUGAUCCAGGAACAGUGCAACCAGCUGCACACGCUGCAGCGACGAGUCGACAGACACGCCGCCGAGCAGGCCGAAACGCAGCGCACACUAAAUCAGACUACACAGGUUUUGUCAGAGGCUCGGCAGGAGGUGAGUCGGAAGGAGCGCUCGCUGAGGAUUCUGGGUAAGCACCUGUCGGGGGUUCAGAAAGAGAAGAAGCAGGUGGAGCAGCGGCUGCAGCGAGCUGAAGACGAGCUGAGAGAUGCCACCAGACGUCAGGACCGUGUGGUCAGCUGCAUGAAGGCUGCAGAGAUGAGCUGCAAGCAGUUCAGGGACAGUCUCGUCCAAUCACAGCACUCCCUGACAGCCAAGCCCCACCCCUUACUGUUACCCCUGGAGAACCUAGAGCUGAGUGGAACAGAGAGCAUCAUGGGAGAUCCUGAGGUGGCAGCAUGCCAGAGCUUUCUGUCCAUCGUCUCUCAGCUGUGUCACACCUGCAGCUCCAGGAUCGAUUGGCUGGAGCAGGAAGUCUCUGCCCACCGCAGUCAUGUGACGGCACUGCGUAGCGAGCUGCAGGAUGCCUGUCUCCGUGACAACUUGGCCUUUGUCCCUGUGUCUGAAUUCCCCGAAACUUUCCCAGUCGCCGACCUGGAAACACUACAACCUGUUCCCCUCUGUGAUUUGUCAGGGAACCUGAUGACCACUAAAAGUCCCGCCCCCUCACAAUCAAAACCAGCCUGUUCACAUAAAGCAAGCUGCACCCCCCCAUCUCCUUUCUGCAAAGCCACUGUGGGCAAAACGAAGGCAAAUAAAGCCACAAAGAAGAACAGAGGACACACGAAGAGCGGAGGGCGGAAAUGAUCCCGUAAUGAUACAAACCACUUUUUUGAAUUCAUGGAGGCGUUCUGGUUUUGGAAACUUGUCCUCCAGACAAUCGAAACUUUAUUCGGCGGUGGCAGCGAGCAGCUGUCUGGUGACAGGCGCCUGAAGGCCAGAUGGUCGAGCGUUACGACAGCGACUCGGUGACGGAUCAGCAGCUGCUGCUGCUGCCGCAGCCUCCGUCACUCACACGUUUCUGCUCGUGCGCUGUGGCCGAGUUUGUUCCUGAUCGUUUCAUUUGAAAGGAAACGUUACAAAGAAAGAAAAGAGUGAAAGAGUUUUAGAACGUUCUUCCAGUUUCCUGUCUCCAGUUUUACCAAUUUGAAUUACUGUUCAUUUUACUUUAAUAUUCUGAUCCACCAUCAAGUUGAAGGUUUGUUUGCACAGAAAUCACGAGCAGUACCCUAAAUGAAGGUGUUUGAAUUAAAAGCUAAAACAGGAAUGCUGCUGAAAUAUGAAUAUAUGUUUUGUUUUGUUUUGUUUUUUAACUAAUUUAUUGUCAGAUUUUGAUUAAAAAAAAAACACUCUGAAGAGUCACUUUAAAGUCAUGGUAACAUUUUUUUACUAAUCUAACUGAACACAAUAAAACGACCUGUAAGAAUAACAGUAAAAAGACACAAAAUUACCACAAUUACACAAAAUACAAUCCCAAAGAACCUGAAAAUGACCUCUAAGGACACAAAAUGAUUCCUUAAGAGCUCAUUAUCACCACAAAGAGGAAAAACGACUUUAAAGAGUGUGACACUGGCUCACACUAAUUUGGGCUCUCCAAUAUUUUGAUGUUUAUGUUGGGUCAGGUGCUCCUCUUGUUGUGUUUACAGAUCACAGCCCAUUGAGUUUCCUGCGAUCUCUUCAGAAUCCUAACCAAAGCUUGAUGAGAUGGGCGUUGUUCCUACAGCCUUGUUACCUGGGCAUAAUUCAUAUUAAGGGCAGUGAGAAUGUCGUGGCUGAUGCUCUAUCCCGUGCAGCUCUGCCUUAGUUUUUUUUAUUUGCAGUUUUCUUUCCUGGGUCCCACAAUUCUUAAAGUACUUCCAAAGGUACCAAGGUUGCUGAGUCUUGGGAGCCUCAGGUUGGGAACGCAUGAGGAGAGCUUGGUAGGUGGCUUUAUGGGAGGGAGACAGCCCUGGGUAAGUCAGUUUAGUGGACUGUACGUUGCUGUAAUGGUAUUACUGAGCUAAAUAGGUUAUGUAGCUGUGGCUUGGUAAGUUUACUGUAUGUUGAUGAUCAUUUGAUAUAUUUUCCAGAUCUUGUGGGGAACCUUUGUCUUGUUUUUUUGGGGGGGGGGCUCUCCUUGGCAUUUUGACUCUUUUGUAUCACACAUCCAGACACUGCACA